AUGGCAGACAACAUCGUCCUCACCAUCGUCGUGGCAUGUUUGAUCAUGAUGAUCUCGGCAGUGAUCGCCACCAUCAUUGUCAUGCCCUUUAAAGGCUCGCUCAUCCGCUUGCGGGCCAACUACAACCCCCGCGCCGUUGGAUUUGAUGGGAGCGACAACACGGUCGGGCCGCGACUCACAUCCCUCAUUGGCACUAUGAAGCGAACCUACCGUCUCGAGGGCUGGUAUGGGCUUUACAAGGGCGCGUUCCCAAUGCUCGGGUUCACAAUGGUUGUAUCCAUCCUCGCGGUCAUCUUUGUCGGUGCGAGUGCUGUCCGUGGUCCGAAGGGGACUUACACCAUCCCUAAGAAUGGCGGUGUUGGCAUGGCGUUAUUCGGCAUGGUCCUCAUUGUGGUUACGCUGCCGAUGACCAUUGUUAUCAACCGCGCGAUCAUUACGCCCUAUCGCCUCCCUUUGAACGCGCGCGAGUCGCUGCGUAUCCUGCUCUCGGACCACGAGCGCUCAUCUCCCCUCGCAUUAUUCCUUACUCCGGGUCUACUCGCCGUCGUCGCACUCAAGAGCGUGGCGACCGCCAUCAUCGCCGGCAUGCUUCGCCUCGCCCUCGUUGGCAACGAGAAGAAGAUCGAGAAGAUCCCAAUCUGGGGCCUCAUCGCUUUUGUGCUCUUCCAGAUUGUCUCGGUGGCGUGGCUCUGCCCGCUCGAGGUUAUCAUGACCAAGCUCAGCGUCCAGCCUAACCUUGGCAGCGAGAUCAGCGUCGAGGACCCCGAGGGUGACGUCCCGGAAGGUCUCCGCUUCGCCGGGCAGGGCGAGGACGUCGUCGGUCUCCGGCCUACUACCGACCCGUACGUUGGUCUGGUUGACGCCGUACGCAAGAUCAUGGACGAGGAGGGGUGGCAGGCACUCUACCGCGGUUGGAUCUGGACCAUGCUCGGCGCAGUUUUCGCCUCACACUAG